UGAAAGAGAGAAGCUCAGGAUGAGGGAUCUGACCAAGGCUCUCCAUCAUCUCCGAACCUACUUACCUCCUUCAGUGGCUCCUGCUGGACAAACCUUGACCAAGAUUGAGACCCUUCGCCUCACUAUUAGCUACAUCUCAUAUCUUUCUUCUCAGCUGGAACAGUCUGAGGAGACUUUCAACCAUGAAACAACAUCAAGAUGCUACUCACAAGAUACCUCAGAUAGGCUUCAGAAUGGUCUGCUUUCAGAAACCUGGUGUCUGGAUGAGCCACAGGGACUUGUCCAAAACAAUGUCCAGUAUUGUCCAACAUUUACAACCUUCAGUGAUUCACCACAACAGAUGGAAAACAACUGUCCUUCUACUUCAAACUUCAGAGAUGCACAAUCCUGUAUGUUUCCCUGCACAACAACACACAAUGCUAUUUACAGCAAUCAGUUUUUCCAAUGA